AUGCCAUUAAUUCUGCUUUCAGGUUACCCCUCCAGUGGUAAGACAACUGUUGCUAAAGAAUUGGUCUCAUUGUUGAACGAUAAGUUGCAAAAAGAUGAAGUUCUGGCCAAGAAGAACUACUCGGUGAAAUACCAUUCUGAUCAAACAUUAGGUAUCGAGCAUUCAAACUACAUUACUUCGAAAGAUGAAAGGAAACUGCGUUCAGAGAUAAUUUCUGCAGUCAAGAGAGAUUUGUCACGCAAUAAUAUUGUUAUUGUCGAUUCGCUCAACUAUAUCAAAGGUUUCCGUUACCAACUGCACUGUGAAGUGAAAAAUGUAUCCACAACUUUCUGCCUUAUCUAUACAAUGUGUCCACUUGAUACUAUUCGCAGUUGGAACCAAUCCGAGGGCCACGAGCCCUGGGAUGAUGAGUUGCUAACCCAGCUGGUGCAGAGAUACGAAGAACCUAACCCAAAGAAUCGUUGGGACUCGCCACUAUUUGAACUGCUCACUACACAAGACUCUAUUAAGGACUGUUUCGAAAACAUAUGCGCUGCUAUAUUCCACACAGAUGUAAAGAACAACAGAGAUCCUCUGGCCAAGGCUCUACAAAGGCCUAAUAGCGCGACGAUAUUGAAGCCUGCAUCUCAGUCAAACUUUAUUCAGAUUUUGGACUCUGAGACUACCAUGGUGGUAAAGAAAAUCAUGGACCACAUUAAAAUUCAACAAUCGAUUGGUGGGUCUUCCUCCUCAGCUAGAAUUAUCGUUUCUGAGAACACAGACAUCAACGAUGACAAUUGUUGCUUCAUCGAUCUUCCCUCCUCUGGUGUCACUUUGCCGCAUUUACAAAGGUUGAAGAGACAAUUUGUCAAUUUGAACAAGUUAAGAGAUAUGGAGAAAUCUAGAAUUGUACCACUAUUUACAGAUUAUUUGAACAAAAACCUGAAUGAUUAA